AUGGAAGGAAACAUGUGGGAGAUAUACCAACAUCUACGUUAUUAUACAAGCCCAUCAGAACAGCGAUGGAUUGUUAGAAUUUUAUUCAUUGUACCAAUUUAUGCAUUUGAUUCAUGGCUAAGUUUGCUAUUUUUUCAUGAUAGCUUCUAUAUAUAUUUUGAUAGUGUAAGAGAUUGGUAUGAAGCAUUUGUAAUCUACAAUUUCUUAAGUCUGUGUUAUGAGUAUCUUGGAGGGGAAAGUAACAUCAUGUCAGAGAUUCGUGGGAAGCCAAUCAAGUCUAGUUGGUGGUAUGGUACUUGCUGUCUAUCAGGAAAGACGUACACAAUUGGAUUUUUAAGAUUCUGCAAACAGGCAACAUUACAAUUCUGUGCUGUGAAACCACUGAUGUCUGUCAUUAUACUCAUUCUACAACCAUUUGGACGUUAUUCAGAUGGUGAUUGGAGGCCUGACAGUGGUUACUUAUACAUCACAAUUAUUUACAACAUAAGUGUUACUUUAGCACUUUAUGGCAUGGUUCUCUUUUACUUUGCUACAAAAGAACUGUUAUCUCCUUAUGAACCAGUUUGGAAAUUCUGCACAGUAAAAUCUGUUAUAUUUCUUUCUUUCUGGCAAGGUGUUGUAUUAGCCAUUUUGGAAAAGGCUGGCGUAAUUUCCCAAAUUUAUUCCAAUAAAGGUAUUUCUAUGGCAAGUGCAGGGACUGUUUCUGCAGGAUAUCAGAAUUUUCUUAUUUGUAUUGAAAUGUUUUUUGCUGCACUUGCAUUACGGUAUGCCUUUCCAUAUCAAGUGUAUCAAGGGUGCCAUACUGAUUCACAAGGAAGAUCAGUUACAAUGCAGAGUAUUUCCAGCAGCUUAAAAGAAACUAUGAACCCAAAAGAUAUUAUGAAUGAUGCCAUACAUAACUUUCAUCCUCAGUAUCAACAGUAUACUCAGUAUACUGCACCUCCGCCACCACAUCUUGGUCCAUGGUCUAAUGUACAUGGAAUGAGAACAGGAAGUGUGGAUGACGAUAAUGGCGAUCGCAGUAGUCGUUGCCCCCGCCGCGGUGGAAAUCCGCAGAACCGUCAAAUUCCAACUAUAAGUCAACAAUAUAAUGAAAAAACUACUUUAUUAAGUUCUGAUGAUGAAUUUCAAUAAAUGAUCACGCAAAUCGUUAAAUUACAAAUAAAUUAUAUAAAGCAGCACAUCGGUGUAUAAAGAAACUGAUGCAUCUGAUCAUGUUGGAAUAUAAAAUUUAAGUAUAUUUAAAAGCACAUUUAUUGAAACUUCCAACUUAAUCUGUUUCACAUGUAUCAGAUGAAGUGUAAACAUAAAAUAAAUCUACAACUUAAGUUUUUAUUAUAUAGCCUUAAAUAUACAAAAUUAUUUUAUGAAUAAAAUUAAAGGGACACAAAUAUUAACUUUUAAAUUUUAGUUUAUACUGAGCAUUUUCUCAUAUGUAUAUGCUGUGCUUUAUAAUGUAAUCAAUAUCUUUUUCAUAAUGUUAUCUAAUUAUUUAUAAAAUAUUAAGUAUUUAAAACUUUUUUUAUUUACUGUAAUCAUAUUUAUUAUGAAACAAUGUUUAUAAUUUAUAUUGCUUCAGCAAAAUAAAAUGAAAAAAAAACAAUGCUCUGCUGUGAUCAUCUAUUGUAUGUUUAUGAAAAUGUUCUUAACCCACAAAAGUGAAGGAAAAUCCUGUUUUUGUAUUAAUAUUGUAACUAUAAUUGUGUUUUGGAUGUUGUUACUGAUACCUUUUAUGUAAUUAGAAUUGAUUGAUUGAAUUUUAUAUGUAUUCGAAUAUUCAAUAUUCUUUUUUGAGAAGCUAUAUAAUCUGAAGAUGGUUUUUUAAAAAAGGCCGAAAAUAUUUAAUUAAAAAUUUUUCUGGAUUAUUAAGGUGAAUGUUCUUAAUUUUUAAAAUGUUUUAUAUUCUUACUAUGUAUUAGCUAAGUUUUUCUUUAUAAAAUGAUUUGCAAUGUGUUAACUAAUUCAAAAAAUUGAACAUUUAUGUUUGUCUUGUUUUUUAUAUUCGAAUGAUCUCUGAAGCAUUUGUCUUCAACUGCUAUUUGUAAAAUGCCGAAAAAACGUGACAGUCAGCUAAAAAGAAAUCGCAUUAUAAUGUCCAUUUCUGCACAUAUGAAAUUUUAGAAUAAUUGAUGUUAGCAGCUAUGAGAUUUUUUUUAAAAAAUCAGUAUAGAUAUGUAAAUAUGUAGUUUUGCUGAGGAGUGGGUUUGAUGUGUGAUUCAUAUUUUUGUGAGUAAAUACAUAUAUAUAAAUAUAUAUAUGAUAAGCUUGAAUAUCCACCAAAAAUUAUAAAAAUGGCAUCUACUUAAGUUGUCCCAUCUAAACUAAUUGGAAUAAAGAAUAGUUACGUUAAUAUCUUCCUCACAAAUAAGUGAUUUCAUCAAGCAGUUCCCUAGUGCCAAGUCGGUUGCUUCUCUGUCACAUCUAUGUUCUAUGUUCUACAGCAAUGUUGCCUUUAUAAAAAAAAAAAAGUAAGUAAAUAAAUUAAUAAUGAAAUCAAUAGAAUGACAAAACUUUUACAAACUUGAUAUGCAAGCCGCUAACUAGUUUGUAAUAGUAAAAUUGCCUAAAAAAAAAAAACGAAAAUAUAAUCGUACCUGUAACACAACAAUUUGUUUUGUUAU